AAAUAGUAAUAAUAAAAAUAACCGACUGUCGUUGGUCCACGAUCCUUGAUCCUCUUGGAACCAAGCACCACAGCUAAAUCCAUCAGCAAAAACCCUAGGCGGAGAGAUCGAAAUCAAUCAAUCAAUCUUUGAUGGAGAUCGCAACGGCGGCGUCCAGCGAUGGCGGCGGCGAGGGUAUUGCACGCUCCGCCGAUGCGACGGUGAAUUCGUCUUCAUCGCCGCCGUCUGCAUCUUCUUCUUCUUCUUCCAAUUCGGGUAAGGAUUUGAAUAAUGUUUUGGCUGCUAGCAGGUAUGAUGACGAUGAAGAAGAAGAGGAUGUUUGCCGGAUCUGUAGGAACCCUGGUGAACCCGAUAAUCCCUUACGGUAUCCAUGUGCUUGUAGUGGUAGCAUCAAGUUUGUUCAUCAAGAUUGCCUGCUUCAAUGGCUUAAUCACAGUAACGCUCGCCAAUGCGAGGUAUGCAAACAUGCAUUCUCAUUUUCACCAGUUUAUGCUGAGAACGCUCCGGCUAGGCUCCCUUUUCAAGAGUUUGUGGUUGGGAUGGCAAUGAAAGCCUGCCAUGUCCUGCAAUUUUUCCUACGUCUUAGCUUUGUGCUUUCUGUAUGGCUGCUCAUAAUACCGUUCAUUACCUUCUGGAUAUGGCGGUUGGCUUUUGUUAGAAGUUUUGGAGAAGCUCAUAGACUAUUCUUGGGUCACUUAUCCACAACCAUUAUUCUUACCGACUGUCUGCAUGGGUUUCUACUCUCUGCUAGCAUUGUUUUCAUCUUUCUUGGGGCAACUUCAUUGAGGGAUUACUUCAGACAUUUGCGCGAACUUGGGGGGCAGGAAGCUGACAGGGAAGAUGAUGGGGAUAGAAAUGCUGCCCGUGCUCCAAGAAGACCUGUUGCUCCAGCAAACAGAAAUUUUGCUGCUGAUGGAAAUGGGGAAGAUGCAAAUGCUGCGCAGGGAAUUGCUGGAGCUGGUCAGAUAAUCCGGAGAAAUGCAGAAAAUGUUGCCGCUCGUUGGGAGAUGCAGGCAGCACGGCUUGAGGCUCAUGUCGAACAGAUGUUUGAUGGUUUGGAUGAUGCUGAUGGUGCCGAGGAUGUACCUUUUGAUGAGCUUGUUGGCAUGCAGGGUCCUGUGUUUCAUCUGGUUGAAAAUGCAUUUACUGUUCUUGCCAGUAAUAUGAUAUUCCUUGGAGUUGUGAUCUUUGUUCCCUUUACAUUAGGACGAAUUAUACUUUAUUAUUUGUCCUGGCUUUUAUCCUCUGCAAGCAAUCCAGUAUUAUCAACUGUUAUGCCACUUACUGAAACAGCAUUUUCCCUGGCCAAUAUUACUUUGAAGAGUGCAUUGACUGCUGUUGCAAAUCUAACUCCUGCUAGUGAAGGCAGCAGUUUGCUUGGUCAAGUCACAGAAAUGUUAAACGCAAAUGCCACUGGAUUGAGUGAGAAAGCAAACAAUCUCAGCACAGCAGUGUCAACUGAUCUUUUGAAAGGGUCAUCUGUUGGAACAUCCCGACUUUCAGAUGUGACAACUCUUGCCGUUGGCUACAUGUUUAUAUUUUCUCUGGUCUUUUUUUACCUUGGGAUAGUUGCUUUAAUCCGGUACACCAGGGGAGAGCCUUUGACGUUGGGAAGAUUCUAUGGUAUUGCUUCCAUUGCAGAAACUAUCCCCUCCCUCUUUAGACAGUUUGUAGCAGCUAUGAGGCAUCUGAUGACUAUGAUUAAGGUUGCUUUCCUCCUUGUCAUUGAACUUGGGGUUUUCCCUUUGAUGUGCGGAUGGUGGUUGGAUGUUUGCACCAUUAGAAUGUUCGGGAAGUCCAUCACACAGAGAGUGGAAUUCUUCUCAGUAUCUCCAUUGGCAAGCUCAUUAGUUCACUGGGUUGUAGGGAUUGUUUACAUGCUACAAAUAAGUAUCUUUGUUAGCCUUCUUCGAGGGGUCCUGCGUACUGGGGUGCUUUACUUUCUUCGAGAUCCGGCUGAUCCCAACUACAACCCAUUCCGUGAUUUGAUAGAUGAUCCUGUACAUAAGCAUGCUCGUCGGGUUCUUUUAUCAGUUGCAGUCUAUGGAAGCUUGAUAGUGAUGCUCGUGUAUCUGCCUGUCAAACUUGCCAUGCGAAUUGCUCCAUCCAUUUUCCCGCUCGAUAUCUCUGUAUCUGAUCCAUUUACUGAAAUACCUGCCGACAUGCUUCUCUUCCAAAUCUGUAUACCCUUUGCAAUUGAGCAUUUUAAGCUGCGUACAACAAUCAAGUCUCUGCUUCGGUAUUGGUUUACCGCAGUGGGCUGGGCUCUUGGUCUAACUGAUUUCUUACUGCCCCGACCCGAGGAUAAUGGUGGACAAGAGAAUGGCGAUGGUGACCAAGGAAGGCAGGACAGGUUUCAAGUCCCACAUGGCGUACCAGAUCGGGCCUUGAUAUUUGCUCCCGAUAACAGAGCUAGGCGUGUAACAGCUGGUGCCGACUUAGUAGAAGACUAUGACACUGAAGAACAGGCGGAUCCUGACAGGUACGCCUUUGUGCUCCGUAUUGUGCUGUUGCUGGUGGUGGCGUGGAUGACUCUCCUCCUUUUUAAUUCUGCCCUGAUAAUUGUACCAAUUUCACUUGGACGUGCGCUCUUCAAUUCCCUACCGCUGCUUCCAAUAACACAUGGAAUCAAGUGCAAUGAUUUGUAUGCAUUUGUAAUUGGAAGUUAUGCCAUUUGGACUGCGAUUGCUGGAGUGAGGUACUCAAUUGAUCAAAUUAGGACUCGGCGGGUUGCAGUUUUGAUGAACCAAAUUUGGAAAUGGUGUGUCAUUGUUCUGAAGAGUUCUGCACUAUUAUCAAUAUGGAUCUUUAUCAUCCCCGUGUUGAUUGGACUGCUUUUUGAACUUCUGGUCAUUGUGCCAAUGCGAGUCCCCAUUGACGAAAGUCCAGUCUUUCUUCUUUAUCAAGAUUGGGCUUUAGGACUAAUCUUCCUAAAGAUCUGGACCAGGCUGGUGAUGCUAGAUCAUAUGAUGCCACUGAUGGAUGAGAGCUGGCGACUGAAAUUUGAGAGGGUGAGGGAGAACGGCUUCUCUAGGUUGCAAGGCUUUUGGGUGCUUCGGGAGAUAGUCUUUCCUAUCAUCAUGAAGCUGCUUACAGCACUCUGUGUCCCAUACGUUUUGGCCAGGGGUGUAUUCCCAGUAUUUGGUUACCCUUUGCUUGUGAACUCUGCCGUUUACCGAUUUGCUUGGAUUGGCUGUCUUGGCUUCAGUCUGUUCUGUUUCUGUGCAAAGCGCUUCCACGUAUGGUUCACCAAUCUUCACAAUUCUAUACGCGAUGACCGUUAUUUGAUUGGUCGUAGACUUCAUAAUUUUGGGGAAGAGGUAGUUCAGAGGCAAAAUGAAUUAGAAGUGUCCAGAGAAGGAGAGAUCCCUAUACUGAACGGGGAUGUCCAGGAGGUUGCUGAUGUAGGACUAAGACACAGGCGUGGUAUUAUGCAAGAUGCUUAAAGUUUGUACCAGUCAUGAUCCUCAGCUGCUCAAUAAGGUUCUGGAGGUCGCGUUGGAGGAGGCUGAACAAAUUGCAAAUGGAUUAUUAUUUUGCCUUUUGGAAUUAGAGAAACCAAUUUGUAUUAGUUCUGAGCAGUUUCUCUAUUAGUAAUAUUUACUACUUGUGAAUAUGUACUGUACUGCGUGCUGACAUAAUUAGUGAUUCAAUUUUCCAGGGAAUUCUAGUUUGUCUAUUUUUUAUUUUAUUUUGGGGGGCACUUUCCUUUUUGUACGAGAAAGAAGGAAAAGGUCGAUUGAUAUGCCUUUCUAAUU